CAACCAGCCACGACCCCCUAAAGAGAACUUAUACAUAACCUCCCCGUCUCCAUCUCCCAACCCAAACCAAAAAAACAAAACAAAACCAUCCGCUUUGAAUACUUCUCACUUCCAGCUACCUAACCAAAAAAAAAAAAACAAGCAAUUCAAGCAGAUCUAUAAGAAAACGAGUUGUAGGAGAGAGAAGACGAAGAGGAUGUCGACCUAUACUCCGGUGCCAUUAAAGGACCUCGAUCAUAAUAACCCAUACCACAGUAAUGCAGGAGGACCGUUGCCAUCCACAGGCCCAAGCCGGCCCCCGUUUGAUGAUCAGGGCGAAAGUCGGCUGACUCGAGCCACUCAGCUGCUCCGCAAAUACUCCGCCCCCAUCGAGGCCCUCAUCGAAAACCUCUCCAGACCCGUCAAGCCUCAUCUCAAUAAACUCGCUAGGUUCUUGCUCGUCUCUACCUUCCUCGAAGACGCGCUUAGGAUCUCCAAUCAGUUCUAUGAACAGAAAGAGUAUCUCAUCGAUGAUCAGGAAUAUCAUGAUUGGUUCGUCGUCGGAUUCUUGGCCGCCAAUGUGAUCUUAAUGGUGGUAUGUUCGAUCUUGAUCAUCUUCAAGAAAUGGGCGUUAUUCUCUGUGCUAGGAUUAGUGGGGGUGAUAGUAGCGCAAGGCUGGGUGUAUGAUCUACUUACGGACGGGACGUUUGUGUGUCUAAACCUGUCGAUCAUGGGGGCCUUAAUGCUAGCGAUCUCGGACAGUAUAGUGAGCAAGAGUGUUGGGGGGAGUGUGCGAGGAAUGGCGGGCUUACCGGACAUCAGCGAAGAUGUGGCGCGGAAGCGUCGGACGUAUCUGCAGCUGAGCGGCCGGAUCUUGUUGGUGGUCUUCUUCGUCGGCCAUGCCCUCGCCGCCUACCUCGAGCUCGCCUUCGACUCCUUCUCCUUCCUCCAUCUCGCUGCCGCCGCCCUCGCCGUAUUGGCUUGUCUCCUCGUCGCCGUCGGCUUCAAGGCCGCUUGGUCCGCUACCUUCCUCGUCAUCCUUACCUCCGUCGUUAACGUCCUUAGUAACGAUUGGUGGUCCAAACCUAAGGAUCAUCCCGAAAGAGACUUCCGUCGCUUUGAUUUCUUUCAAGCUCUCUCUGUUGUGGGAGGGAUGAUCUUAUUGAUCAACCAAGGCCCUGGAGGAAUCUCUUUUGAUGCCAAACGCAAAUCCAUUUGAAAUGUGGUCAUCUCCUGUCCUCUUGACCUUUCUAACCAUCAAUCCACAUCCCUCAGUCUUCCCCCCCCCCCUUUACCGCCCCGCACCAUCCGGAUUAGAUUUCGUUUCUCUUUCUUGUCCACAUCUUGCGUUUUUUUUGUUUUUCGCUUUUGGCUCCAUCAAAGGUGAUAUAGACACCAAAAGGAAGGCCAAAGGAAACCUAGGAUUCACAUGUUUUUGAAGCAUUCAUUUUUGGCUAUAAGAUCUGGAUCCAUCAUUCUUAAUCUCCCCAAGCCCUACUUCAUUUUAUUUUCUCUCUAUAUAUAUAUCCUGGAAAAGCUAACACACAGGCAAAAACACACACUUAUUUCCACAUUUUUUACCUCUAUAGUUGUUGAUGCAUUCAUUCAUUCUUGUCUUCACUCUUACCUCUUUGUUUCCUUCAUCAUCAUCAUCAUCUUUAUCUUUUUUUUUUGUUUCAGUGGAAGCAAAAGAAGACAACUGAUCAGCCAGUUACUCAUACACAUACAUACACAUACCCCACAUCCAUUCUAAUUCUUAUUACCUCUUCUCUUCUCUUCUCUUCUUUUUUUUCUUGGCUUUGGUUUCUCCUUUCUUUCUUUCUUUCCUUAUUUUUUCUUUCUUCUCUGCAAUUAGAUUUUAUUUUUUAUUGGAGAAUGCUCAGUUUAAAGAGUUUAGAGUGGGAGA